AUGGGAAACAUUAGAUUAUCGCCUUUGCUUCAUAGCACUCUUAUGUUUAUGAAGAAGUUCUCCUCGAGAAUAACUGUGUCGAAAACAAGUAUAUGCUCUAAAUCGAUUCUGGUUGAAAUGCCUGAGUUCUGUGAUUGCUGUUUUACAGUUAGAAUCAAGGAUUUUGGGGCGAUGUUAAAACAAACUCAGGAAUUUGUCUUGGAAGAUAGGGCACUAAGAUAUGGCUAUGAAGUCGGCAUGGGGACAAGUCUGGUUAAGGUAGAAAAAAGAAUAAAAGUAUAUGAUGAAACCUAUCAGAUUACGGGAGGAAUUCCAUUGCUCAGCAUUGUGACAAAUGGAUUCAAGGUUCUAAGUUCUGAUGAGAUUGAAAUAAGAGCUGAGAAGAAUGGAAGGCUUGUGUUAGAGUCUUUUGGAGUUAUUAGAACAAGAUCUGAGUACACAGGGCUAAGGGUUCCUGAACAUAAGGUUGAUUUAGUGGUGGUAAAGGUUAGAGGAAAGGAUCUAAAAGUUCUAGAAGAGUUUAAAGGGGAGAUUGUCUUCUCCUUUUUGGAUUCUCACAUAUUAGCAUAUUCAUUGGGAGAUGACUUCACCGUUAUAGUGCAAAUAGGUGUUCUUAGUGUAUGA